AUGGCCAAGGUCAACCCCCCUACCACCGUCAGUCAACGCCCAACGGGUAUUUCGUUGUCCGAAGUCGAACUACGAUUUCCUUCAUUCGUCUGCCAUCUUAGUGUCUUUUUGUCGAUCGUUCCUCGAGCUGUCCGAAAUCAAACUGUCAUUAUGGUUGCCCAGAAAAUUUGGGCUUUGAUGUUGGCCGGGCUGUUAGUCGCAUCUUCCGCCAAUGCUGGACCUAUCGCAGCUGGAAUUUGCUACGCUGGAUGUGCUGCCGUGACGGUUGCAUGCUUCGGUGCCGCCGGGUUUACGUUUGGCACCGUCCCUGGAGCGGUGAUUGCUGCUACACCCGCGUUAGCAGCAUGCAAUGCAGCAUUUGGGAUUUGUGAAGCAAGCUGUGUCGCAGCAUUAAUUGUACCUACACCGUAA